GAUAGUACCAAACCAAUAGAAAUAUUCGCUACGCUGUUCCUCCUCUUCUUCUCCUUCUUCUCUCACGUCCGCCAGCCACCUCGAUUCUUCCUGUCCUAAAAAAGCUAAACCCUUUUUCGCUCGUAAGUUCCGAAGUUGGGGGGGUUUCGUGACUCUUUGUUAGUUUAGAUCUGAUGGAUUCAGAUCAAGGAAAGCUCUUCGUGGGUGGAAUCUCGUGGGAAACAGACGAAGACAAGCUGAGAGAACAUUUCAGCAGCUACGGAGAUGUUUCUCAGGCUAUCGUCAUGAGAGACAAGCUCACUGGCCGUCCUAGGGGUUUCGGCUUCGUCAUCUUCUCCGAUCCUUCGCUUCUCGAUAGGGUUCUUCAAGACAAACAUCACAUUGAUUCCAGAGAGGUUGAUGUGAAGAGAGCUAUGUCAAGAGAGGAGCAGCAAGUCUCUGGAAGGAGUGGGAACUUCAAUGGAUCUAGAAGCUCUGGAGGCGAUGCUUACAACAACAAAACCAAGAAGAUCUUUGUCGGAGGCUUGCCUCCUACUUUGACAGACGAGGAGUUUCGCCAAUACUUUGAGAACUAUGGCCCUGUGGCUGAUGUUGUGAUCAUGCAUGACCAGACUACUAGCCGUCCUCGCGGGUUUGGAUUUGUCUCCUUCGACUCUGAAGACGCCGUGGACCGCGUGCUCCAGAAGAACUUCCAUGAUUUGAGUGGUAAGCAAGUCGAAGUGAAGCGUGCUCUUCCUAAAGAUGCUAAUCCAGGUGGUGCUGGACGAGCCAUGGGUGGUGGUGGUUACCAGGGUUUUGGUGGUGGGAGUGAAGGCGGUUUUGACGGUCGUAUGGAUUUCAAUAGGUAUAUGCAGCCUCCUCAGAAUGUGGGGAAUGGUUUGCCGUCUUAUGGUUCUUCAGGUUAUGGCGUUGGUGUUGGUGUUGGUGGGUAUGGGAAUGGUAGUAACGGUGCUGGACUCGGUGGAUACGGAGGUUACGGUGCUGGUGCUGCUGCAUACGGAGCAACGAGCAUGCCAGGUGCUGGUUAUGGAAGUAGUGUUGCUCCGAAAAACUCAUGGGACACUCCAUCAGCUCCUGGUGGUUAUGGGAACCACCCAGGAGGCUAUGGGAAUGGUGCUGCUCAAAGUGGAUAUGGAGCUCCUUCGGCUCAGCCACAGUAUGGAUAUGGAGGGUACAGUGGGAGUGGGGAUUCUGGUUACGGAAGUCAAGCUGCGUAUGGUGCGGUUGGAGGGAGACCUAGUGUUGGGGGUUUGAACAAUCCUGGUGGUGGCUACAUGGGAGGUUAUGACCCGUCACAAGGAGGGUACGGUUUGGGUCGGCAAGGGUAAUAAUCACUAAAGUGAUUUGAUGACCAGCCCUAGUUAUGGAUCCUUGUCAAGAAGAAAGUAGCUCAAAUCAGAUUCAGAGGUUCCUCAACUUCACAAAGGGUUGGACUGUUUGAAUUUUAAUAAAGAUUGUGCUAUUUUUAUUACAAAAAGUCUGACUUCUAUUAAGUUAUUUUUUUCGGUUGAUGUACCUUUUUGAGUUUCAUAAGACUUAUAAAUUUGCUGCUUCCAGUAUUA